GGAUUAUUUUAUCUCUUUAUCGCUACGAAUGCGUGCGCAUUCAUUCGCUGUGAAGUGAUGAAACUAGUCGCUACAAUCUUGCCUAGUUGCUGACCGAUAAGUAAAUUCCUGCCCGGCGAUGGUUAUUGCACUUGUAAAACGUAGUCGUGCAAGUAGUUGUUCUCCGGACUGGCAGUUAACGCUUGUGAUUCUGGCAAGAGAUUUCACUAACAAGAGCAGAGGAACAAGCUCGGAUCGUCUACUCGAACCAUCGGACAUACUGACGAGUGCGGUGUGAAUUCUGCUGAACCACUCAACAUGAUCCACUACUGUCCAACCAACACGUCCAUGAACGUGGUUUGGUUCAAUCAUGGCGUAUCGCAAUGCUUCAUGGAUACGGUUGCGAUGGGCACGAUCGGAGGAUUUAUGCUCAUUUUCGGUACACUGCAACUGCUAAUGUAUCUGCGCCAUGCAACGGAAAUCGACACGCAACGGAUACGAAAGUCCCGUCUGUACAACUUCCAGCUGUUUCUGCUGCUCCUGAUGCCGCUGCUCACAGUGGCGAGAUUCGUGCUGGAAGGCUUCAUCUUCGACGGUGCGCAGGUGUACGGCUUCAUGGUCCUAUCGAUCGCAGUAGCCCUGUUCGCGUAUCCUUUCGCGAUCGUGCUGCUCGUAAAGGAGCGUUACUAUCAGCUACCCUCCGUACCGACGCGUGGCCACGGAUUGGUUUUGCUCCUCUUCUGGACGCUGGUGUUUAUUGUGCAGAACAUUGCGUUCAUCAAUCUGAACUAUCACGAUGCGUGGUUCCGGCUGGAGACGCUGAGAGAUAAGGUGGAGUUCGGGAUGUUUGUGGCGCGGUACACCAUCACCAUGCUGCUGUUUGUGAUUGGGCUGAAGGCACCGGGCAUAACGUCGACCCAGUUCACCGAGGAGUACCAAAAUUUGCACCAGGCCCAGGAAAACCAGUCUACGUUCAGCAAUGCGUGGACCAAGAUGCGAACCUUGCUGCCGUUCCUGUGGCCCAAAAAGGAUGCGUUUCUCCAGUUCCGGGUAGUGUUUUGCUUCCUGCUGCUCAUCGCCGGCCGCCUCAUUAACGUGUACGUGCAGAUCUACAACAAAAAGAUCGUCGACAGUCUAACCGAGAAGCCGGCCACAUUUCGCUGGGACUGGAUACUGCUGUACGUUGGGUUCAAGUUUCUCCAGGGCGGUGGUACCGGGUCGAUGGGACUGCUGAACAACCUGCGCAGCUUCCUGUGGAUUCGCAUCCAGCAGUACACGACGCGCGAGAUCGAGCUGGAGCUGUUUCGCCAUCUGCACAGCCUAUCGCUGCGGUGGCAUUUGAACCGUAAAACGGGCGAGGUGCUGCGCGUGAUGGACCGUGGCACGGACAGCAUUAACAACCUGCUGAACUACAUCCUGUUCUCCAUCACGCCCACCAUCGUGGACAUUUUGAUUGCGGUCGUUUUCUUCAUCACGGCAUUCAACUGGUGGUUCGGUUUCAUCGUGUUUUUGACCAUGACGUUGUAUAUAGUCGCAACGAUUAUGGUAACGGAAUGGCGCACCAAAUUCCAACGGCGUAUGAAUUUGGCUGAUAAUCAGCAGAAGGCCCGCAGCGUCGAUUCGCUGCUCAACUUCGAAACAGUGAAGUACUACGGUGCCGAGCAGUACGAAGUUUCCUGUUACCGGGACGCAAUUCUCAAGUUCCAGGACGAAGAGUGGCGCUCUAUCAUUACGCUGAACAUCCUCAACACGAUGCAAAACGUUAUUGUGUGCGGUGGGUUGCUAGCCGGUUCGAUGCUGUGCGCAUAUCUCGUCGUGUACGAGGAGGGAUUAACCGUCGGAGACUAUGUGCUGUUUGCAAGCUAUAUCAUUCAGCUCUACGUACCGCUCAAUUGGUUCGGCACCUUCUACCGGGCGAUCCAGAAAAACUUCGUCGACAUGGAGAACAUGUUUGAUCUGAUGCGCGAAGAGCAGGAAGUGCUGGACGCACCGUCAGCACCCGGGCUAGCGGUGGCGCGUGGCCGAAUCGACUUCAACGAUGUCACGUUCGGGUACAACGCGGAACGGCUAGUGCUGCGCAACGUUAGCUUCACCGUACCCGGCGGCAAAACGGUGGCCAUUGUCGGUCCGUCAGGUGCGGGCAAGAGCACAAUCAUGCGAUUGCUCUUCCGCUUCUACGACGUCAACAGCGGAUCGAUAUCGGUCGAUGGGCAGAACAUAAAAAUCGUACGCCAAGCUUCGUUGCGUCAGGCGAUCGGUGUUGUACCGCAGGACACGGUACUGUUUAACAACACGAUUAAGUACAACAUCCAGUACGGGCGGGUCGGUGCGCCGGAAGCCGACGUCAUCAUGGCGGCACGGAGCGCCGAUAUACACGAACGAAUUUUAACCUUCCCGGAGCAGUACGAAACGCAGGUCGGUGAGCGUGGACUGCGCCUGAGCGGCGGUGAAAAGCAACGGGUCGCUAUCGCACGAACCAUCCUCAAGUCACCGGCCAUCGUACUGCUCGACGAAGCUACCAGCGCCCUGGACACGCAAACGGAGCGUAACAUCCAAACGGCGCUGGCGAAGGUGUGCGCCAAUCGGACCACAAUUAUUAUCGCCCAUCGCCUGUCGACGAUCAUUCAUGCGGAUGAGAUACUGGUGCUGAAGGAGGGCUCGAUUGUCGAGCGCGGACGGCACGAGAUGCUGCUCGACCAGAACGGUGUGUACGCGGAAAUGUGGAAUCAGCAGUUGAAAAAUUUAGAGCUAGGAGCUAGUGCGACGGAGGAGGCAGCGCUGGUAGAUGGCAAUGGGCAGGUAGCAAACGGUACGCCGAACAAAUUGCCUGCAAUCGCACCACCAAAUCAUCAGCACCAUCCUCACCAUUGAUUGAGGUAGGACCCGGAUCGAUGCUGCAAAAUGUAUGUGUGCAAGAACGGAACCACGAAAACAUGUGAUAGUUUAGGUGUGCAAACCUUUCAAUUAGGGAGAGACACGAGAGAAUGCAGAAAAUUCAUUUUAAUGCCGUUGUUCAAAGUAUGAGAAGAAGACGAAUGUACGAUUAAUGCGUUUGUUUCUAAGCGAUUCAUAAAUUGAUAUGAAACCCAUGAAAAAAUAAAAGAAAUGGAAGAUGAAAAAAAA